GUGCUCAUUCGGCCCCGAGGCCUGGGGUCGUGCCCCCGGCCGGGCGGGGCGCCACUGAGCGCGAUAAAAGGGCGGCUCGGCGUCCGGCGGCGGUCUCCAGUCCCGGCUGCAGCGCUCCGCGCGGGUGAGCGGGCGGCACAGGGGCAGGAAGACCCCGGACCUCCGCGCGGGAUGGCGGCGGCGGCGUGCGCACCCCCGGCCAGGCCCAGCCUGACCUCCAUCUCGUCCGGGGAGCUGCGCAGCCUGUGGACGUGCGACUGCGAGAUGGCCCUGCUGCCGGUGGCCCAGCUCCUGCGGCUGCUGCCCAGCGCCCUCCAGCUGCGCGGCGACCAGCUCACGGUGCUCGGGCCCGAAGAGCCUGCGGCCGCGCUCGGGGGCUUCAACGUCUUCGGCGACGGCCUCGUGAGCCUGGACGGGCAGCUCUGCCGCCUCAGCCGCUACAUCAAGAGAUACUGCCUUCAUGAAGCUGUGCUCUUUAGCCUUCCAGAUGGAAAAGGUGAGGAUAGAAAUUGGAGCAAGGAAGAACGUCUUGCUCAUUUAUUCUUCAGAUAUGUGGAACUGACCAACUACUGCGAUUAUAAAGACUACCGGGAAAUGAUACUGAGUAAACCGAUGCUGUUCUUUAUUAAUGUACGGACCAGAAAAGACACCUCAAAAGAAAGAACAUACGGCUUCCUUGUGAACACGAGGCACCCCAAGAUCAGAAGACAGAUAGAGCAAGGGAUGGACAUGGUCAUUUCCUCAGUGAUUGGAGAAAGCUACCGGCUGCAAUUUGAUUUUCAAGAGGCAGUGAAGAAUUUUUUCCCUUUGGGAAAUGAGGUGGUUAAUGGAGAAAAUUUGAGCUUUGCCUACGAGUUCAAAGCUGACGCAUUAUUUGAUUUCUUCUAUUGGCUUGGGCUCAGCAAUUCUACUGUACAAGUGAAUGGAAAAGUUCUGAAUUUGUCAAGUUCAAGUCCAGAAAAGAAGGAGACAAUUAAACUAUUUCUGGAAAAAAUGAGUGAACCACUGAUCCGAAGAAGCAGUUUCUCUGACCGAAAAUUCAGUGUAACUUCCAGAGGUUCAAUAGAUGAAGUUUUUAACUGCAGUCUGUCACCAAGAUCAUCUUUGAUGGAGCCCCUUUUGGCAGAAUUACCAUUUCCAAGGGUUCUGGAAUCUGAAGAGGCACCUAACCAGUUUCUCUGAUUGGACUGGACCUGUUCUAUCUAGUUCCUCCUGCACUCCAGGCUGACUUGAUGGCUGAGGGGAGUUGGGAGGUGGGCGGAGCUGGGGGGCAGGCCUUCCACCCACUGGUCCACCUUCUGCUCCUUGGAGCACUGCUUUUCCUGGUCUGUGGGUGCCUCCCCAGCAGGCGCCAUGCCGCUGACUUCAGGAUGGGAGGGCCCUGGCCACAUGGCUGGGGCAGCCCCUCCUUUGAACACUUCUCUGAAGAGGCAGAGGGACUAGCAGGGUUCUGAGUGCUUCAUCUGUGACCUUGGCACCCUGGGAGUUUCUCUGGCAGCUUCCGUGGGACCAGUCUGACUUGGGUGUUUACCAUGAUGCUUCAUAAAUCAGGGUUUCGCCCUCUGCUUGAGAUACCCUUGUUUGAACCCAAACUCAGGCCAGCUUGGGGUGAGCUGUGCUAUUCGCUUGCAAACCUGGCUGGCAAAAAGCCUGUGACAACUUUCAUUGGAAGGCACAUGUGUUCCUCAUUCUGCCUUUAGCAGAACCAUUCCAGGUGGGGUUUGCUGGGGGGUUGGCCAGCUUGGUAGGAUGGCAGCCCCGCCACCCACUGCCUAAAAUUUGAGCUCCCUUGGCCUCCCUCGUAACAAAGUGGGCUGCGUAGAAGGAGGCCAGGGGAUGUGCACACGGUGACAGGAGGAGGGUUGCGAUCUCGGCAGUGCCCUCUUGACUGAAAGCGCAUUAUGUCAAUUGGGUAUUUUUUAAGUUUCUUAUUGGAUUUAUUGGGGUGAUAUUGGUUAAUAAAAUUAUAUAGGUUUCAGGGGUACAAUUCUACAAUACAUCACCUGUAUAUUGUAUUGUUUACCACCCCAAGUCAAGUCUGCUAUCACCAUUUAUGCCCCCAUACCAGUUGGUUAAUUAAUUAAGCUUUUAGCAACCCUAACACUAAAAGCAAAAUAGAAAAAAGCUAUACAACGUUACCACAAUACAUUGUUACAUCAAUGCAUUUUAUCACCUCAGAGCUAUAAUGGAAUUCUUCAAAAAGAAAAAAAAAUUAUAUAUAAAACCUGCAUGAAUGAAUCACUCCAUAUACUUAUAAUGAAGAAGACUUCUGGGUUCUGAGUAUAAUUUUUAUAUAACAUUUACAAAUUUUUACUGUAUUUUGAUAGCACUACCAAUUGUCUUUUAUAUUUGAAAUGUUAUGUACCUUUGUGCAAUUAAACUUUUCUUACUGUUCAACACAAAAUUGAUUAAAUUUGUAACCCAA